AUGGCUUUGACAAGCAAAUGUGUUAUACGCGAGGUAGUGAAGGACGUCUGGACCUUUUCAUGUCCCUUUUCACGAUUUGGUGUAAUCCCAUUUGGUGGGCGAUCGACCGCCGUUAAACUCCACAACGGGGAUGUGUGGUUGCUUGCAUCAACCCCGCUUGACGGUGAAACAAAGAGUAAGCUUGCUGAAAUAGGCCCCGUCAAAUGGAUCAUCGGAGCGGACAGGGUUCACUACCUCUACCUUGCGGAGUUUAAGAAAGAAUAUCCCGACGCCAAGCUCAUAGCGGUGGAAGAGGUGAAGAACGCGAAGGAAAAGGAAGGACUAGAGUUCCAUGGAGCAUGGGGUGCUGAUCCCCCUGAUACGAAGUACGGAUUUGAAGAUGAUAUUGAGCAUUGUUACUUCUCCGGUCAUAUCAACAAGGAUGUGGCUUUCUUCCAUCCGGCUUCGAAGACCUUGAUGGAAGCAGACCUCCUUUUCAAUCUUCCGGCAAUAGAACAGUACUCUAAGACUGGGUCUUCUGGUCGGCUUCCGAUCUUUGGCACGUUGAAGCCCGACACGUGGCUGCACAAGAAGUUUGCGUGGAUGACAGGGCAGGAUAAGGAAGCCAUGAAACGCGACGUGAAGACGGUUGCGGGGUGGAAUUUCGAACGCAUCAUCCCUUGCCAUGGUGACGUGAUAGAGAAGGAUGGAAAUGCUGCCUGGAGACAGGCUUUCCAGUGGUAUUUCGACUGA